AUGGGCGGUAGCAUUGCCUUACGACGAUUGCUCCGAUUGGAAACCUGUAGUAGAGCGGCGGCAGGAAUGUGCUGGGAUGGAGAGGAAUGGAUCAAUGAGGUGCAUGCAAAGGAGGACGCCAAAGAGGAGUAG